GCCAUAUUACAUUAGAUGUCUAUGGAUUUGAAGCGUCUAAUUUUUUUGAAAUAUUCUUUCCCAUUUUUAUCGUAAAUAAUCUAAGAAAUAAUACUGAAUUAUUGUCCUUUAUCGUAGGUUUUUCUUAACUAAAACGUAAACAUGUCUAUCGGUGUGCCUAUUAAAGUACUUCACGAGGCGGAAGGUCAUGUAGUGACUUGUGAAACAAAUACCGGUGAAGUUUAUAGAGGGAAAUUAAUUGAAGCUGAGGAUAAUAUGAAUUGCCAAAUGACUCUCGUAACAGUCACAUACAGAGAUGGCCGAGUUGCACAGCUCGAGAAUGUGUACAUCCGUGGUUCCAAGAUCAGAUUUUUAAUAUUACCGGACAUGUUGAAGAACGCGCCAAUGUUCAAAAGACAAGGGAAUAAACCUACUGCAGGACGAGGGAAGAGUGCGAUACUGCGAGCCCAAGCUGCUGGUCGAGGACGAGCAGGUGGAAGAGGUGGGGGCCAUCGUGGAGGCUGGCAAGGUGGGUCAGGACCAUCUCGACGCUAGCGUUAAGAUAUUUUUUAGAUAGCUUAAGUUGUACUUGUCUUAUAUUUCAAUUGUCAAGGAAUUAUUUCAUUAUCAUUCUUAUAUAUUGAUAUAUCUAAGUGAGAAAAAUACAAAUUUUGGAAAUAGAACAACUGUUUGUUCAAAGAUUAUUAUUAUGUUCUCAAAUGUAACAAUAAGGUCCCGUUCCAGAUUUUCUGUUUUUUUAUUUUGGUCACCCUUCAAUCUGCUUUACACACCUUAGGUCUCAUGGACCAUUUGAUCAAAUAGACACUACACACUGAUGCUACCCUGUGGUGACUUAUUGUGACUCCCAAUCAAUACAAUGUUUAAUCUCUAUUUUCUAUCCUUAUAUCAGUCCCAAUAAUCUAGAAAUCUUGUCCAUAUGAUGGGUAAUAGUUCAAUCUUGUUUUGGCUUGAGGAAAUAUCUUUGUGUGGUUUAUGCGGGGGUGACUAUUGUAAUUAAAUAUAAAAAGUUAUUAUAAACUGCCUUGUACAAACCAAACUUAACCAAUGGCCCAGUUCUGACAAUGUUUUAUCCAUAUAAUUUUGAAUUUUCUUGCACUGUAACUGGAGCCUAUAGACUUUAUGAAGGCCUGCACCUACCAUGAGGUUUGAGAUCAAAGUCCCAGUUGUACUGUAUGGAUAAAUGCUGUCUUAAUGGUCAAACAUAAAACCUGCAGGCUCACACUAUCCCUCCCUACCACCAACAAUUGUGCAUGUUUGUUAAAUGUGUGUAACUCGGCAUCUUAUCCUUUAGGACACGACAACCUCUUAUGCAAAAUAUUUUUAAUUUGAAUGUUUUAUGUUCGAAUUUAGAUUAGUUACAAACAGUGUAACAAGUUUACUGAGACUGUCAGCAGAUAUGUGAUAGGAUGUGUCGUUGUGGGUGUGAAUAUCAAAAGAUUGAAAACAAAUAAAAAACAAUUUGGAUAAUAA